ACUCUGCUCUUUAACGACACUCGUGUUUUCCCUCCGGUCACGUUGGGCAGCAACGUGCGACUUCACCAGCUGACCUCCUUGACCCCCGGGCGGCUUUAUAAGAUCGUUGUGUCGACGUUCAGCGGGCCGUACCAGAGACCGCAGUUCAUUGAGGGACGGACAGUUCCCAGUGCUGUUGGAAACCUCCACAUGGUUCCUCGACCCGGCCUGACGGACUCUGCUGGUGGACUGCUGGUCUCCUGGACACCUGGAGACGGAGACAUGGACAUGUAUGCCGUCUCCUUAUCCACCACGGAUGGCGUCAUCAUUGAGACUCGCCACGUCCAUAAACACAUCUCCUCCCUCAACUUCCUGGAUCUGACCCCAGGUCAAGCCUACACCAUCACCAUCCAAUCACUGAGCGGGAAGCUGACCAAUAGCAACACGGCCACAGGAAGAACUGCUCCGGCCAGAGUCACAGCUCUGCAGGCCGACAACGACCACACCACCCACAGUCUGACCGUCAGCUGGGAGAGGCCGGUGGGCGUGUACGACGGCUACAACCUGCAGCUUUUGGACGAGGCCGGCGUCCUUCUGGCCAACCGUUCGGUCUCUGUGGAGAGCCGGAGCGAACGUCUAGAGGGUCUGACAUCAGGGAAGUGGUACAGAGUGAAGGUGGCGACGCUCAGCGGUGGCGUCCCGUCGCUUGACGCCACAGCAGAAGGACAAACUC